CCAUUUCGUAUUGGUCUAUCCCACUUCCUCCACAUCCAUAUAUUCACCUUCACCUUGAACUCGGUUUACCCAUCGAUAUAGCCCCGAAUGCUUCGGGCUUCGUGGCGGUCCGCCGUGACCCCCACGAGGGGUCACGUCUGCUGGUCGUGUCUUUCCCGUGGCUUGAGUGCGCCUCCGCAUCAGCAGUUAUGGGCGCGUUCUUUUCAGAGCAGGUCUCGCCUGCGCUCCCAGGCUUCAGCUAGCACCGAAACGGAGAGCCUGCCUAGUACUCCGGCUCUCAAACAAUCCGACAUCAAUCAACAGCCUGCAUCGGAGCCCCAGUCAAAGUCGCAUCCUGAGGCCGACCACAACGAAGUCUCCAAAGUAGACGGCUUGCCCAACGAAGCUUCUAACAAAAAGGAGCCGGAUCUUGAUCCACUCGCGGGGAGGAUUACGAUUUUUGCUAGAACAACAGAAACCACUUCUGGUAAACUCAAAGCGCGACAAUCUUUAAAAGCGCUCCCGGUGAAAACAACGGAUGUUCCCGGCCUAGCAUUUGGACUGGAUCGAGUUUUGUUCAACCAGGGAGUUUACACGCUGCGAGACCCAAGAUCCCGAGUUUACAACUUCGAUCCGUACUUGGGUUCCAUUAUGCCUGUUACCGAAUUUGAUUUCCAAGCUUUGAAGGAUUACAUCACAUCUUCCAAGGAUAAACAACUGCACUCGCUCGCGCGCGAGGCCGGCAGGAAAUACAUCGGAUCCUCUUCGAGUAUGACUUCCGUGCUGUCGCACUUUCACUACCUGCUGUCCGCUUGGCGACCCGUCGACACUAGCAGCUUGUCUCAGGGCUUCAACGAAGAGUUGAAGACCUUCACGCGGCUCUUGCGAGCGCCUGCCGCCAUGUUCCUGCACUAUCAGGACGGCGUCUAUGCUAUUGAUGCCGACAAGGAAUUUGAUUCUGCCAAUAUCUUAAUGAACCUGGGUAAAUCGAUGGAGAAGCUACUCACGCUGCCUAAGUCGGAUUUUGAGCGCUAUCGACGGUCUAGCGCUAACAAGAUCACCCCUGAGGAAGAGAAUGCGAUUCCGGAAUCCUACCACUAUUCGACACUCGGCGACUUCCUUAUGCGUUCGCAACUAGAUGCGUACGAUCCACGACUCCCCGGUACCGGCAUGUUCGAUCUGAAGACCCGUGCCGUGGUGUCAAUUCGGAUGGAUGCGCGUAACUUUGAGCAUGGCCUGGGCUAUGAGAUCCGCCGACCCUUCGGUUUGUACGAAUCAUACGAGCGUGAAUAUUAUGAUAUGAUUCGGGCUGCCUUCCUCAAGUACUCGCUGCAGGUACGCGUUGGGCGCAUGGACGGCAUUUUUGUGGCUUUUCACAAUAUUGAGCGUAUCUUCGGUUUCCAAUACAUCUCUUUGAACGAGAUGGACAAAGCCCUACACGGUCAAUUCAAACUUGAAUUGGGUGAUCGCGAAUUCGAACUCAGCAUUCAGCUCUGGAAUGAUAUCCUGAACCGUGUUACGAAAGACUUCCCUAAGCAGUCACUACGUUUCCAUUUCGAAACACGUGGUGAUCGCCCUGGAACGAAGCCCCACAUGUAUAUCUUCGCGGAACCCGUUACGACAGACGAGAUCGCGGCGAUACAGAACAAGAACAAGGAGGCCAUUGACGCCUAUCAGAAACGCGUUUUGAAUUUGCCCGAUGAGCCGGUGGUGGAGUCGGCCAAGGACGAAGGCGAAGAUGAGGCCGUCGAGGAUGAAGAUCCAAAAUAUGACACUACCGUGAAAGAUCCUACUGACGCCGUGGCAGAGGGGGCGGAAGACGAGGAAUACUUCUGUCUGGACAGCAAGCCUGAAAUUGAUACGACCAAGAAGCUCUUUGCUGCUGUGCUCUCAAUCGAGAAUUACGUGAACGAUAAGUUGGUCCUCAGACCUGAGAAUUUCGGUAGGAGGGAUAAAUGGGAGGUCUCUUACAAGAUCGAUUACCUGGACCCAGAGGAUCCGCAGACGCAUCGGAUGUAUGCUCAUUGUCAAAAACGUCGCCGCGAUGCUCUCGACUUCGAGAAAUCAGACGGACUUACUCCCUAUCUGAGGAAGCUCCGUUCAAUUUCUCGGGCUGGUCGCCGUUACCGCGAGCAGGAGAAUAUGCGCGAUCGAAAAAACGCGCCUGUCGUCUAUCGCACCCUACCCCCUACUGGUCUUGGUGCUCCCAUCAAGGUACAUGUCCGCCACCUGAAGUUGACUGGGAAGGGCGGUAAACAGGCAGCCAAGAAGCCUCUCAAGAAACCUUCCCAUAAGAACACCACCAAGCCCGCCGGCAAAUCUCGGCCCACCAAGAAGACCAGCGAGUCCCCUCCCGAGCCAGAGCCAUCUGCUGAGCAGCCUGCCCAGCAGACGUCCACCCAGGAGAAUUAGGCAUCGGAGGAGUCCAGAUCUCAUCAACUCCCAUCAACAUCACCACUACCAUCAUCCCACCAUCAUCAUUCAGCUGAGGAAAUCAGUCGGAAAAACUCCUUGGCUUGUAACUUGCAUUUCAUCAAAAUCAACUCAUUUCAGACAGGGGCUUGUGUAAUUUUAAAUGCGCAUAUUUGUGCUGGAUAGGAGUUGAGUGAUUCCCAAGAUUAGAAAGCAAUUGAUUUUCUCUUGUCCAUCUACUACUAUUGAGUUUCUUUCGUCGGAUCUAUAUAAUACGAAAUCAUUCAUCUCUC